AUGAGCGUAUGGAUCUUUUUUUUGAUAACAGUUGUGUAUAAGUACAUAUCCGUUGGAGAAGAGACUGGUGCUGUAAAAAUAGCACCAAGUGAAUACAUUUCAAAAGCUGAUAUAAAGUUUAAAAAUAUAUACAUCAAAGCUUGUAAUCCAGCAGACAGCAUAGUAAGGGGAUCAGAAGCUGCAGUAGACAGUGACACCUGGCUACUGCAAGGUAUCCUGGUAUUAACGAGGCAUGGAGACAGGGGACCAUUAAAUCACCUUAAAGGUGGUGACAAACUACCAUGUGAUACUGAACCAAUUUCAGGUCUUCUCAGGAGUUACGAGGAGUUCGUAAUGAACGCGAGCGCCACCGGCCGCGCCUGGUGGGUCUCAGGGCCGGGACCCUUCCACAACUUCCCAUCCCUACCGCCGAGGGGGGCCGCCACGAAAUGCGCUUUGGGUCAACUCACUCCCAGCGGACUGCUACAGAUGCUUACUGUUGGUAACAUACUGCGGGAAGCUUAUAGUGAUAAGUUGGGCCCUGAAAACAUGGACUUGUCCGGAAAAAGAGAUUCAGGGGUGGCGUACACGACUAGGUAUCGCCGCACCUUCCAGUCGCUUCAAGCGCUCGCGUGGUCUAGUACCGGCGGCGCAGCAUUGGCCCGGGAAGCGCACAGCGUCGCUUUCUGCUUCAGGGAAUGCGCCUGCAGCGCCCUGCACGUCUUAGCGAGGAAAAUCAAUUCGCAGUUGAAAAACAGACUCGACUCGCAUCCCACCAUGAGGGAUCUGAUCAUAAAGCUAUCCAAAGUAUUGUUUGAAUCCCAGGAAUACAUUGACGCGGAAGUAGUAAGGGAUGCGCUCCUGGCUUACAUUUGCCACGACGCCCCCCUCCCUUGUAUCGAGAAGAGAAAAGCGUACGGCAAGGACAAGCUCUCACUGAACAGGAGGCAGAGGAAGUAUCGCGGGCAACACAUGCCAUCGAGGAAUCUUCUAGAAGUCGACAUCGACACGCUAAACAUGGAGCUGGAUUACAUCAACAACCAAUUGGAUUUCAACAACGAGGUCGGCAGGAAAGCGAGGGACAUCAUCGGAAAACUGUACGACAAAGACAAGAGAGCUCCGUUAGACUUCGACGCGCAAAUGGAAAGGGAGAAGCUGCUAUACUACCAGCAGAGGUAUUUGGACAACGCCGAAGGGUACGAAGACGUAGUAAUCGUCAAGAAGAAUCUGGACGCAGACUUUAACUUCCCGAACGACGCCCGAAUGGACACGGACUUCGACGAAGACUACAGGGAGCCAACGCCGGAGAACAUUGAGGACUUUUGCAUACAGAAGGAGCACGUGAUGUCCGCGUUCGCCUAUCUGGAGUGGAGCUACAAGCAGGAGGUGAGGAAUCUGCACAACAGGAGGCGGUCGCUCCUGUUAGCGUACGGUCUCAUCCAUAACAUAGUCCAGAACAUGAUCCGGAUGAUAUCGGAGAACAAACCGAAGUAUGUCGUGUACUCCGGCCACGACAAGACCCUCCAAGCGCUGAUACUGGCGCUGGGUCUGACCGGUUACCGGCACUACAACAUCCAGUACGCCUCCCGAAUGGUCUUCGAGGUGUACAGGAAGAGGGAUCUACGCGACGAGUUCAAGUUCACAAAGAGGAAAGCGAUCGCCCAGGACUUCUACUUCCGAGUCGUCUACAACGGCGAGGAUGUCACUAAUGAAUUGAGCUUCUGCAGUAGCAGGCAGAACGUAGUUAUGAAGGUCGUAGACCACGUCGACGAUACGAAAAUCUACGAAACUUACCUCUGUCCCAUCGAGAAUAUUGUCAGGUUCAUCCACGACGAUUACUUUACCAGUUUCAACGUUACCAACUUCAAGGACGCGUGCUCAAUAUACGGUAACCCAAAACACACUAUU